AUGAUUGGAUGGCAUACGUCCCAGUCUACAGCUAACUGUUUCUCAUUACUUUCACUACCCACCGAAUGGUGGCAAAGCGUUGAUGUGAUCCUACAAUCAGAGUCAGGCACUCAUCCACCGGCCUGGCCUGAGGACUCACGGGACGUUCAGCUCUGGUCAUGGGAUUCAUCCUGGAUGGAGUUGGGGACCCAGGACUGGGGAUCUCCGUUCACGUUGGCGUUCUUCCUCCGGGCACUGAAAUGUGCCAACACAAGCACUGGAAGCGCCAUACGACUAGUCUUCCCUUCUGAAAGCGGGUACCUCGUUCGUUCAGAUAUCUUAUCAUUGCGAAUGGUGGACCUGGAGCCAGUUGAAUCAACCGUUUCCUUUGUCGCCACACCAGGAAAGCCGUUCGGGCCUCUUCUGAUCGACUCGAACACAGCGCCCAUCUUUCCGCACGCUAUCAUGAAUAGUACGGUAGGUGGUAUCCUACUUCGGACACCAUCUGCCCAUGAAGACUACCAAGAUCUCUUUCGUCAGCUUGACGAUGAAUUCACGAAUCGACUAUCCUUCCCUUGGCAUUUAGCCUCUCCUCCACAGCGCAAGACGCUGGCAAUAGUAGAAGGGGGACGCACUGGCCCUGAUCAUGGGGGCCUGGCGACGGGCAUCUAUGCGGCAGCCGAUGCAUUGAACAUUGACAUGAUUGUCCUUGACGUCCCGGGACACUGGCUCGAGGGUCCCAAAUAUGCCUCCUGGCGCAAGGAAUUUGUCCCGGUUGAGCUCGAGCCUCCAUCGUUGCUGGCAGAUCGAAUUGUUGAGGCCUUAUCUCGUUUUAAUGUUGACGGGAUUGUUACCUUCUGCGAUUCUUACCAGGUUCCUGUUGCCCAGGCAGCGAAGCGUCUGAGACUACCUACUCACCCACCAGAAGCAUACGAAAUUGCGACAGACAAGCAUCGCACAGCCGUGUCCGAGGGUCGUCCUGCCUACCGUGUCCACAAUCUCGAAGAGGCCUUCGAUAUUGUGGAUAGAGAGAACCUCGUGUACCCCUUUAUCAUCAAACCUUGCAAAGGAUUUCUAUCUGAAGGAGUGUUCAAAGUUCAUGGUCCUGAAGAGCUAUCCCAUGCAAUCAGCAAUAUCCAUUUGGACCGCCACGGGACUGAGGUCGUGCUUGAGGCUUACUGCGACGGUCCCAAAGUGGACAUCAACCUUGUGCUUUCCGAGGGCGAACUCGUCUUCUGCGAGGUUACUGAUGACUUUCCUAAGACUGCCGAUGAGGACAGUGAGACAACUGAGUCUACCGGCCAACUCAAAUCCUUCCUUGAGCUGACGUGUGUUAUGCCAUCCAAACUUCCAACAUCCGAGAUUGAUCUUCUGCGCAACUCGCUGCACCAGAGCCUGCUUCGUUUGGGCCUCACCACUGGCAUCUAUCACGUAGAAGCUCGAGUGCAGCACUCCUCAAUGGAAUAUGGGAAAAGCGACGCAGCUACAGCCCUUGUCGAUUUGAUCCCGCUGGUCAAUCCCGAUGAAAAAAAACCAUCCGUGUGGUUGAUUGAAAUCAACCCUCGCUUCCCGGGAAUUCAGGAGACCGUAGCCGUGGAGUCUGCUUACGGAGUAGACUACCGUGGCAUUGGACUCCUGGCAGGACUUCGCGAUCACGACCGCCUCCGUGCUCUGGCACAGCCAUUCAGACAGGGACCCCAGUACUGGACCCAGAUCGUAUGCAUCCCGGUCCCUAUCGAGGGCACCUUUGACUCGGAUGAUGUUUGUGUGGAGUUAAAACAGCGACGUCCAGACUUUGCCAGGCAGAUCUGCAUGAGUGCUUGCUUUGUGAAAAGGGGAGAUAGAGUAUAUGGGCUGGAAUCGGGCAUCAAUUCUUGGGUGGCUUACUUCAAUGUGUUUUCAAGAAUCAGCCGCCAGCAUGCCUUGGGGUUGGGGGAGACCGUUCGCCGCGAAACUCGAUUCACUAUCAUUUAA